AACGGCCGAAAAAAAGAUUUUGAUCUUUAUUUAAACCUUAAAUGUAAUCUGAUGUGUUCAGGUUUAAACUCAGGUUCAGUUAUUGAGUGAAAACACCAACAGACUCAGACAUUUAGAACAAACUAAGAGUCAGAUCAGCAGAAACAGAGAACACGGACAUGUCUGCUGUAACUGCGUCACUCUGCUCCACGCUGAUGUUUGUCCUGUUCGUCUCUGCAGACCAGAAAAACAUCACAGCUGAGUCUGGACAGGACGUCACUCUGACAUGUCGAGCUCUGAACAACAACAUCAUAGUUUUAGAGUGGAGCAGAGCUGACCUGGGAGAUGAACAAUAUGUGCUUUUGUACCGGGAUGGUCAGUUUGUUCCAGCCAACCAGCAUCCAUCUUUUAAGAACCGGGUGGAUCUGCAGGACAGACAGAUGAAGGAUGGAGACGUGUCUUUGAUUCUGAACAACGUGACGAUUAAUGAUGCUGGAACAUAUGAGUGUGGUGUUGUGCAGCGAGUGAGAGGACCUGUGACUCUAAUCAACACCACCUACCUUCAUGUUGAUCCUCCAGGUCAGACAGGAGGACAAGAGAUGGAUGAAGACAACAAAGAUGGAGGAAAGGAGGAUGGAUCUGUUGGAGUGACUGUUGGUCUGUCAGUUCUUGUUGUUGCUGUUGUUGGUUUCCUGAUCUACAGAAGCUGUAAUCUGAAUCCUGCUGAUCCACAUGUAGCAGAGCAUCUUCAGCAUGAAUGUGAGUCAGAUGAACAAACACAAAGAUAAAUAAAUGAUGGUGAACAUCCAGCAGACGGCUGUAGAAAGCUGGAUGUUCAGAGUCUGAUGUUAUUUCUCUGAUGAUCAUCAUGUUCAGACUCAGACCAACAGUGUGUGUCUGUGCUGUCUGUCAGUGACUCUGAACUACAGUUUCUUCAUCUUCAGGCUGUUCAUGAGAUUUACUGACACAAAGUCAAACUGUGUUACAAACACACAUGAAUUUCUGAGCUCUGAUCUCAGAGUCAGUGAGUGUUUUUGUGUUGGAGCUUCAGCUUCAGCUGUUUGUAAGAACUUGUUCUGUGAGAGAUGAACAACACAGACCUGAGAUCAGCUGUUACACACACUGAAUGAAGUGACAACACAAACGCUGUGUGAUGAUCUGAGUGUAGAUGAAGGUCUGUGGAUUAUAGACGAUCAAUAAUCUGCCUGAUUGUGUUCAGGAUCA